AUGGCUGCAAAAUAUGAAAUUUAUCAUAGUAUGCUGGGCGUCACCAUAAGCUACGGUGGCUACCGUAGCUUACGAGACACUGGGACAAAAAUCCUCUACCGUAUAGCAGUAGCUUCGCACCGUAAGGAAAAGGGUGCCACCAUGACGGAUACGAAUGAGGAUGAAGCCACGCAACAAGAGCAGCUGAAAACUAUGAUCUCGGAAGAGAUUGGAAGGGCAAUGCAAGCAAGUAAUCCUCAUUUAGCCCAAGAAGUAGAAAGUCAUGUGCUGGAAGUGGUAGAAACAAUGAUGACGAGUAAGAUGGACGAGUUGAAGGGAAUGAUUAGUGAAGUCCAAGGAAGGAAAGGAACUCGCAAAUGCACAUACAAAGAAUUUAUGGCAUGCAACUCGUUACCAUUCAAAGGAGAAAUUGAUCCUAUAGCAUGUCAAAGGUGGAUUGCAAGUACGGAAGCGGUGUUCAUAAGGAGUCAUUGUGAAAAUGAGGAUCAAGUGAUGUUCGCCACCGGUUUGCUACAACUCCAAGCUAAAGAUUGGUGGGAUGUUUAUAGUAAAGAGAUUGGGGAAGAAAAAGUUCAAGUCUUGACAUGGCAAGAGUUCAAGGAACCUUUUCUAAAGUACCACUGCCCGCAAUCUGCCAUUGACAAGAUCCAAGAAGAUUUCUUACAUCUUCGUCAGAAAGAUGAAACCAUUGAUGAAAUCACCAACGUUUUCCUUGACAAGCUGAAGUUCUGUAAAGAUAUAGCAGGAACGGAAAGAAUGAAGAUAAACCAUUAUUACGGUAUGUUGAAGGCUGAAUAUCGGGAGUUCAUAAUUCCCGCUAAAUGUGAAACUUUGAAUGAGCUCAUUGACUUGGCCCGAGAUAGGGAGAUUGAAAUAAGAAGACAGGCAGAAAGAGGCGAAAAAAGAGUAUCUGAGAAUGUUUCCAGCUCGAGCCCUUCAAAGAAACCAAAAUUUCAAGAUCAAAGAAAGAAGGAUAAGGCGAAGGGUAGUAUUCCGAAAUGCAAAACGUGCGGAAAGUUACACACGGGGGAGUGUUUGAAAGGGAAGAAGGGCUGUUACAAUUGUGGUCAAGAGGGACACCCAUACUAUAGGUGUCCUAAUCCUUCCAGAACAUGUUACAACUAUUUCCAACCGGGUCAUAUUAAGGCUGAGUGUCCCAAGCUUCAACAGAAAACCGAUAAGGAAGCAAGAAAGGAGGAAGCCCCAAGAGCUAAGGGGAGGAUGUUUCAGAUCACAACCAAAGAAGCGAAGGACCACCCGAAUGUUGUAUCAGGUAUAUUCUCAUUGAACUCGAUGCCUACGUACGUGUUAUUUGAUACUGGUGCCAGUAGAUCGUUUGUAUCAAGUGAACUAGUGUCACACCCCUCUUUUAGAAUCGAAAGAAUGCAUGUACCAUUAGAAGUAGAGAUAGCCGAUAGUAAGAGUUUUUCGUUGCACGAAGUUUGUAGAAAUUGUGAAAUAAUCAUUGAAGAUGAGAAGUUUGCCAUUGACCUUAUUCCCAUGAUAUUGGGGGAAUUUAAGGUUAUAGUUGGCAUGGAUUGGCUAGCUAAACAUCAGGCCGAAAUUCAAUGUGAGAAGAAGGUGAUUCAUAUGUUAACAUCGGGAGGAAAACGAGUAAGCAUACAAGGGGAAAGGAAUAUCAAUUCGAAGCUUUGUUCUAUAGUCCAAGCAUACAAGUACGUACGAAAUGGAAGCAAGGCAUUUCUAACUUACGUGGUGGAUACUAAGCAGAAUACCCCUAAGAUAGAAGAGGUUGAAGUCGUGAACGAGUUUCUCGAUGUUUUUCCGGAAGAUUUGCCGGGGCUUCCGCCGGAACGUGAAGUGGAUUUUAAGAUUGAAUUGUAUCCCGAUGCCAAACCUGUAGCCAAGGCUCCUUAUAGAUUGGCCCCAACUGAAAUGCGGGAGUUAAUGGUACAAAUACAAGAAUUGCUCGACAAGGGAUUUAUACGCCCGAGUGUGUCGCCAUGGGGAGCGCCUUUAACCAAGAAGGAUGAGAAGUUUUCAUGGGGUGCAGAUCAAGAGAGGGCGUUUCAAACCUUGAAAGAAAAGCUGUCGAGUUCCCCGGUACUAACCUUACCUGAUGGAACGGAAGACUUGGUGGUGUUUACGGAUGCGUCACACCAAGGGUUGGGAUGUGUUUUGAUGCAAAGGGGUAGAGUCAUUGCCUAUGCUUCUAGGCAAUUGAAGUCACACGAAAGUAAUUAUCCAACCCAUGACUUGGAGUUAGCUGCAGUAGUGUUUGCUUUAAAGAUAUGGAGGCACUAUCUAUACGCUAAUGUAGUGGCCGAUGCCCUGAGCCGAAAGGAUUACCCGCCUCCAAUUCAAGUAAAGUCCAUGAAGAUGGUAAUUACACCUCGAUUUCUCGAAAUGGUUAAAGAAGCCCAAAUCAAGUCACUAAGCGGAAUGGAUUCUAAAAAGGAAAGAACAAAGGGGUUUGUGGAUAAAUUCGAAGAGAGAUCCGAUGGAAUUAAAACCAUGUAUGGUCGUAUUUGGAUACCUCGGUUUAGCGAAGCAAAGGGUGUAUUACUCGAAGAAGCUCACAAAUCCCGAUUCUCGGUUCAUCCUGGAGCUACAAAAAUGUAUUUGGACUUGAAGAAAAGUUAUUGGUGGCCCGGUAUGAAACGUGAUAUCGUCAAGUAUGUUGCAAAAUGUUUGACGUGUUUGCAAGUGAAGGCAGAACAUCAGAAACCAUACGGGAGGUUGUAA